ACGUGUUACUGUGAAAUGUAGAUAACCAUUAUGCGAAGGAGGUAUAAAAGACAACCACAACGCGUAAAUCGGAAUAAAGUAAAGUUUUAAGUUUACACAGUAUGGCUCGUGCAGGAGUAAUUGUUUUGCUUUUAAUAGCGAUAAUUGCUGGCGCAAUGACGUCAAGCGUGGGAGGCUGUGGAGAAAACGAAAAAUGGUCAAAGUGUAAUGGACACUGUGACAACUUUUGCAACGCGAAAUCUACUGCUUGCAUCACGCGAUGCAUCUCUGGAUGUCAUUGUGCACCUGGUUACGUAAGAAACCAAGCGCGUGCUUGCGUUUUGCCCGAAAAUUGUUAAAUAUCAAGCAAACAAUGUAUCGUUUUAAUAACGCUUGAAUUAAAAUAUUAAAAAAGAAA